ACUCUAUAUAUUUACAGGCACUCUAGAAUAAACAAAAACAUUGCAUUAUGCCAAUAUCGCGGCUCGUCGAGAUAGAUUGUUCACGCCUUGAAUUAAUAAAUAAUACGAUAAAACUUAUUAUUUAUUUAAUUCUGAUGUUCAGAAGUGAAAAUGACCGAUUCCACCGCGCCUAAGUUCUGCCGAUGCUGUCUAGGCCAGCACACAAACCUGAUUAACGUUUUCACUAGGCUAGUAGAGUUUCAAAAUAAAAUAUGCGAUUUGCUACUGGAAUGCACAGGAAUAGAAAUUUCAGAAAAUGAUUACUACUCCAAGGAAAUUUGCAUAGUGUGUCUAAGCGAUUUGUCCAAUGCGGAACGAUUUCGAUUGCGGUGCCUAAAAUCGGUAGAAAUUUUGAUGCAUGAGCAAUGCGUUGUCGAAGAUUUGCAACAAAAAACCACAUUUGAUACGCCGGUGUCAGAAAGUUUGAUACCAACAGAAUUAAAAAUAAAUGCCAGCCAUCGCUCCGAAUUCGAUGAGAAAAGUGAGUUUAAAAUCAAACAAGAAUCUCCUGCUGUCGAUUUGUUGUUCACUUCAUCUGUUGCUAAAAUAGAAGAUGAUCCAGAAGAUUUGGGAAUCGAAUACACAAUUCGUUCCCAAUACUUUCUAGAUACAGCCGCCCUUAAUGGUCACAGCGAAAUGCAGAACGACAAAGUUUCGGCUGUUGAAAGCCCACUUCAAUGUAGCGUUUGCAAAGAAGAGUUUGAUGAUAGUGAAACUCUUCAUCGUCACAUUCGAUUACAUUUUCAGGAUGAUAAACACAAAAAGCGGCUGAAUAAAUGUCCUACUUGUGAUAAGAUUUUCAGCGGCCGUUACCAUCUGGAGAGACAUAUGAUUACUCAUAACGUAACCUACAGUGAGCGGCCUCAUAAAUGUAAUGUAUGCGAGAAACGAUUUAAUUUAAAGCGAACCCUCCAAAUACACCAGCGAACACACAGCGGUGAAAAGCCAUAUAAUUGUGACAUUUGUGGGCGCACAUUCAGAACCACGAGUGUUCUUGUGAAACAUAGGCGCACACACACUGGAGAAAGGCCGUAUGUGUGCGACGUUUGUGAAAAAUCUUUCAUCAGUGGUAACGAGUUGAAGAAUCACAAGAUUAAGCACACCGGUAACUUACCUUUCAGUUGCAAAAUAUGCGACAAAAAGUUCAUUAUAUCCAGUGCCCUUCGCCGACACUUAAUUCGACAUGAAGAAGAAAAGGAAACUAAGUCAAAAAUUGGAAAACGCACGUUACAAAUCAAACGUACGAAGCGCACGCGCAAAUUUGAUCGCGUCAAGCACAAGAAAAUGGUUCAACCGAAAAAAUGCAGUUUUUGUGAUAAAACAUUCCGCUUCGCUUAUGCACUAAAACGACACGAGACCACACAUUCCUUUGUUGACACCCAAGAAGGUCCUUUCAGAUGCAGUGUAUGCGAUAAAGAGCUGAGAACCUCCUACUUAUACAAGCGUCAUAUGCGAAUACACGAUACCGAUCAACCGUUCAAGUGUGAAACCUGCGGCCGAACAUUUUCUCUGAUGAACGUACUGACGAGACACGUCCGGACGCACACUGGCGAGCGACCCCACAAGUGCGACUUUUGCGGUAAAGCUUUCACCACCAGCUGCGCCGUUGUUAGACAUAGACGGGUUCACACCGGCGAAAGACCACAUCACUGUGGAGUUUGUGGCAAAGGCUAUAUCACUCUUAGUCAACUCAAGAACCAUCAGUACAGCCAUUCCGGAGAAUGGCCCAGCCAGUGUCCUAUUUGCGGGAAGGGGUUUAUCAGGGAAACCCUAAUGAGCCAACAUAUGCGAAGCCAUGGCGUUUCAACGUAAGAUCUGCUUGUCUUGAAGAAGGGGCAGUUAAGCAUGCUUGUGUCAGGCAUGGCUUAGGGGCCGUUCCUAAACCACGUGGUCAUAAAGAGGGGGACGGGGGGGUUAACGAAAUGACCACGUGGUCCUUUUUCCUGACUUAUAAUUUAUUGUUGUCACCGAGUCAUGAAUGAAGCUUUUGCAUUUUAGAAAUAUAGAAUGUACUAAAAGUUUAAUAAUAAAAAUGUAAAAAUUAUGGUGAAUUUUUGGCACUUGACAAAUAAAAAGACCACGUGGUUCAAGUCGCAAGGGAGGUUGAGGGGCUUGCCAAUA